AUGGGAAGAUCCUUCAAGGCGCUCGCCAUUUUCAAUGAGGUCAAAUCCGACUACGAGAACUCCCUGCUGAAUGUGAGCGAUCCGAUCCGUCGCGCCAAGGUCCUGAAGGAGGUGCAUGCCAGGGGCGCGCAAAAGGCGCUGCAACUUGCUAGAGAGAAUGGAGGGAUCUACAACAAAGCUGCUCAGUUCGUAGCAUCCCUCCAAGGCGGAGCAGGAAAGCGAGGGAUCCCAGAAGAAUAUGUGAGGACGCUGAGUGUCUUGACCGAUCAAGCGCCGCCGAAAACGUUCGAAGAGAUCGACUCCGUGAUCAAGGAAGAGUUUGGAAAGUCUGCGGAGGAGCUGUUCCUCUCCUUUGACAAGAAACCCAUAGCAGCUGCUUCCCUGGCUCAAGUACAUCGCGCUCUCCUUCAUAACGGCACGGAGGUAGCCGUGAAGGUGAUCUAUCCUUCGCUCAGGAAGGAGAUGGCCUCUGAUUUCUCAGUACUGCGGACGAUGGGGGUGCAAGUGAAACCAGGAGGGCUGGACCUGAGCGUCUUGAUCAACGAUUUCGAGAAAGCGCUGAGGGGAGAGCUCGACUUCGAAUCGGAGGCGACCAACUCCGAGAAGACGGCCCACGUCCUUGCGCACAUGCCGCAGGCGAAGGUGCCACGAGUGCUUUGGGAGUUCACGAGCAAGAGCGUCCUGACCAUGGAGUUUGAAAGAGACCUUCUGCGCCUGAACGACGAGGAAGGGAUCCUGGCGGCCGGGCUGAGGCUGGAGGAUGUUGGAGAACUUGUUGCAGAUACUUUCUCGGAGAUGAUCUUGUGCCAUGGACACGUUCAUGGCGACCCGCAUGCUGGGAACAUCUACGUGCGAGCUAAGGGCUCGCCUCCCCGACCCGAGCUCGUGCUGUUGGACCAUGGCCUCUAUCACUCCAUCGAUGAUGUCUCUCGCGAGAAACUCUGCAGGUUCUGA